UGGAGGGAAAGAGAUGCUGAGACUUGGAAUGACAUGGAGACGAACAUUUUGGACCUGAAGAUGAAAGAGUACUUGUGGUGUUCCUCUGUGCUGCUCCCAGCCUUUGGGUGAUGGUGCAAUUCCUGCCAGUGAAACAAGGUUUUCCGAUCUGUUACUAGAAUGUGCCUUUUGGAAGGAAUUCAUACGCCUCAUUCUAUCAAUGGGUACAGUGCAGUUUUGAGUUUGUAAAGAUAGAUAGGUUGAAAUCCAUGAAUGACUGUUUUCAUUGCAAAAAUUUAACAAAUUUCAGCGCUCCUAACUCUCAUAAUGCUGCCGUGAGGGUCUGCUGAGAGUCUGGUAGCCAUAAUGAGUGCUGGUUUAUUUCCUGCUUCGUGGAAGAUUCCAGCGACUUGCAUGCUGGGAACCUUUUCAUUGAAGGCUAAGUUCUUUACUUUAAAGACAGUGAAAAUGUAAGAAGUUAAUUAUGUUCAAAUUCUCCUCUAAGUGGGGAAGUAUAUUACAUAAAUAAUUUAAGAAGAAUGUUUAGUUGUUGAUUUCUCUGCAUUUACUGAGUGCUGCUACUGAAUUUGGUGCUAAUAGUUGGCUUUUUUCUAAAUUAAAAAAUAUCUUCCUGUUAAACUGGAAUGAGUUGGAAAGGGACUUCAGAGAAAUGGGAUCCAAAUCCUGAUGUGAAAUGAGUACAGACUUCCGCAAACUGCUUUUUGAAGUUUCUGAGGCUUUGGUGACAGAGGAACUGUCAGCUCUUAAAUUCCUCAGCCUGGACCAUGUCCCCAGGAGGAAGCUGGAAGCUGUCCAUGAGCCCAAGGCCUUCUUUGAAGUGCUGCAGGAGAAAGACAUGAUCGGGGCAGGGAACCUGUCUUUCCUGAAGGAGCUGCUCUACCGAAUCCAUCGGAUUGACCUCCUGACUGCCCACCUGGGCUCCAGCCGGGAGGAGAUGGAGAGGGAGCUGCAGGACCCGGGCAGGGCACAGGUGUCAGCUUACAGGCAACUGCUGUAUGGAAUUGCAGAGGACUUGACUUCAGAAGAUGUUAGAAGUGUGAAGUUCCUGCUCCAAAAACAACUACCGAAGAACAAACUCCAGGAAAAUGCUUCAAUGUUGCAGGUUUUUCUGGAAAUGGAAAUAAAUGGGAUAAUUAAAGAAGAUAACCUGACAAUGCUGAAAGAUAUAUUACAGAGAUUUAGAGCUGACAUAAAGAAAAAAAUUGAUGCCUAUGAAGGAAAAAAAACAGAAAAUUAUUCUAGGGAAGAAGUCCGCUAUCCUGUGUCUGUGUAUCCAGAGGAACAAGGAGCAGAGGGGGAAGCAGCAAAACAGCAUGGAAAAAUAUAUAAGAUGAAAAAUAACCCCCAUGGUUACUGCUUAAUUCUUAACAACUACAUUUUUAAAAAUCCAUGUUACAAUAGAGAGGGAACAUUGCAAGAUGGAGAGGCUGUGAAGAGGGUCUUUAAGUGGCUUCAGUUUGAGACAGUUGAGUACAUGAAUCUAGAAGGAAAAAAAAUAUAUGACACAGUUGAAGAAUACAGCAAGAAAGAUCAUAGAAAUAUGGAUUGUUUUGUUUGCUUCAUUUUCUCCCAUGGUGAAAAAGACAAAAUAAAAGGUGUUGAUGAUGUGUGUGUAAAUAUUGAAGAUUUAGUCUCCCGCUUCACUGGAACUAAUUGUCCUUCUCUUGCUGGCAAACCCAAGGUGUUUAUUAUCCAGGCUUGCCAAGGUUCUGGACGUCAUCCAUCUGUUGCAAUAGAAUCAGACUCUUCUGGACAUCUUGAGGUGGAUGCUAGUCCUUUGACUUCCAUUCCUGAUAAAGCUGAUAUUCUGAUUGGCAUGGCUACAGUGGAGGACUACUUGUCCUACCGCAGUCGUAAGACUGGCAGCGUUUACAUUCAAUCCCUCUGUGAGAAGAUGAAGUUGCUUUGCCCACUGCGCGUGGAUCUCGCAGCCAUCCUGACAGAAGUGAACAAUGAAGUGGCAAGAAGAGAAUUAGAAGGAGCUAAGCAGAUGCCAAAGAUAACAUCAACACUACUGAAGCGAUUGAUCUUUGAAGUUCCACAAUGAAAAUCAGACAAGUAAGAAUACACUUGGUUAGGAAUGACAUCUGGGCUUUGACAGGGAAGAGAAUUUACAAGAAAAAUUAUCUGGAUCUAUGGCCCUAGCCCUUUAAGGAGGCAUAGGACCUAAAUUUUCCAACUUCCGUAUUGAAUCAGUCUUCCAAUACCUGGAUCUGUAAUGGUUGGGCAACGCUGUGGAAAACUACAAAUCAUCAGACUUUUUGUCGUGCAGAAGCAGUGGAGUAUGUUCAAUAUGAGAAAGGACUUUCAAGUAGUACUGUAAAAGUUAUUGGAAUUGUCAAUGAAGUCCCAUUUGUGUCUGCAUUGAGUUCCUAAAAUCUGCAAAAAAAGAACAGAUUCAGAAAGCCGGAUGCAUUCCCAAGCAGCAUGUGUUAGGUUGUAACUAUUCAUGGAAAAUAACAUCCUGCUCCAGAAGGACCAAAACUCCAUGAUUAUGUUAGUUUGGUUAUUUUCUUCCAAAAAUUUGGUUUAUACCAGUCAUUUACUUGAAUUAGCAGCCUAACUGUAUAAGUUUUUCAAUAAUAAAAGUUCUCACUGCACUAUUUCUCAGUGUGUCUUGAAUGACUGGAAUACUGGAAAGAAGUUCUGUAAUCAUGUUUCUGUUAAAGUAAAUUCUCUUGGUUUUUA